GUUUCUCGCUAGGAACCUUAAAUCUUGUUACAGGUUUAUGUGGCCCUGCUCUCUUCUGUUUGCCCUACUUCCUCAUGUAGGAUGAGGGAGGCCCAGUUUGGACUUGACAUAAAACUUUAGUGUUACAUUUGCUCCUCCCUCCUGUCUCCUCUUCCAGCGCAGCCACAAGGAGAUUGGAAACUUCCACUUUUAAACUAACCAGAGUUCCCUGUUACAUUUGAACUUGGGGGGGGGGCUGGUUAGUUUAAACUCUGGUUUGUUCAAACAAGCCAGGGACAUAAAAUAAUGAUUUGACCCUGGCUUGUUUGAGCAAACCAGAGUUUAAACUAAGUGUGAGGACCCUGUGACCCUCUAGAUGUUGUUUGAUUCGAUUCCUAUCAGCCCCAACUAGCAUGGCCAGUGGUCAGGAAUAAUGGGAGUUGUAGUCCAACAAUAUUUGGACCAUGGACUCCUCACCCAGGGUUUAAAUUAAUUGGCGUUUGCCAAGUUCAGACAUGUUUAGGGAAGUUUUUAAUGUUUGAUGUUAAUCAUGUUUUUAAUAUUCUGUUGGGAGCCGCCCAGAAUGGUUGGAGAGGUCUGGCCAGAUGAGUGGGGUAUAAGUAAUAAAUUAUUUAUUUAUUAUGAGCUUUACUUAGCUUUUAAGUGGAAACUGAUGCUUCUGAUCUUAUUGUAACCUUGAAUGAAGAGGAGACACGUCUGUGCCAGCCCAAUACUUUCUUCUGCUUGUUCUUAAAGCACUAGAGUAGGGAGUUUGAGGCCCUCUUGUCAUUUUGGACAACUCCCAUCAGUCCCAGCUAGCAUGACCAAUAGUCAGGGAUUAUGGGAGUUGUACAGCAACAUCUGGAGGGCAACAAGUUCCCCAUCCCAUGUUAUGGUGGCACAUCUGAUGCAGGUGGAAAGAGAUUCUGAGAUGACAUUUAAGUACCCAACACCAGAGGACAUUUGAGGGCAGCUUCACAUUUAUGCAGCUAACACAAGUUCUUCAAAUGCACCAGUGGUGGUAAUAAUAAUAAUAAUAAUAAUAAUAAUAAUAAUAAUAAUAAUAUAAGUAUUAUUUAUUCAAGGUGCACCAGUGGUAGUUUAUGCAACAAAUCCAAAUGUGAAUGAAAAAGAUGAUUGUCUGUAACCAGAUUUGUAUACAGGAAUUUGAAGAUGUAUGUAUUUUACCUACAUUGAUGGGGUGGUUGCAGGAAGACAUCUGUGUGGCACUUCUCUAGAUUCAGGAAUUGUAUUUACCACAUAAGGAGCGGAGCCAUUCUGAUUGAGUUAUAAAACAUGGCAGCAAAAUUUUGGCAGUUUUUUUUUUAUCCUGUUUGCAACAACACCAGUGAGCCAGGAUUGGCUGUAAUACCUCGUGGUGUGUGCACUUACUGUGUUAAAACUAGGACUGCUGUUUCUGUAAUGUGUGAAUAGAUAUUUGUUGAUGCUUGUGAGAUUCCACGUUCCUCCUUGAUCUUUGGGGCUGGGAUUUCUCUUUUUGUGAUACACAAGCUAGCCAACUGUUGCUUAUUGCCUGGUUCCUGCUGCCUCCCAGUUGUGUGUUGAGUGGGGUCGAGACCCCAAUAGCCUAGUAAGGGAUGUUUACAUGAUGUCCUGGCGUAGAUCUGCCUCGGACACCCCCAGCCCAAUCUGCUGUGCAUGGAGCUUUUAGUCCUGAUCCCUGCUUGGGAAUUAUCAUCUGCAAUUAAUAUCCAUUUGGAUAAUUGCUGUACAGCAGCUGCCAUGUGGGUGGGUAGUGGAUUUGGGGUGAUGAAUUAGUACGAAUGUUUGUUUAGGAAUCACUAGUGCCUCAAUGGGUUUCGACCUGAUCUUGAGGAGAGGGCUGCAUAAGCAAAUCAAUGCUUAGUGACUAGAACUCAUUCUUCCAAACCUAACUAGCAACUUCCUUCUGCAGAAACAGUCUCCAGAGCAUGCGCAGAGCAAUCACCUUGCAUCCCUCCCUACUGGGGCUAAAAGGGAUUCCUAUCUCAGCCUGGAAAUAUGCUAGCUCUCAGUUUUGCAGAUCCAAGCAUGGUCAAUCAAAAACUUUGGACCAAGCUUCUUCAUUUUUUAAGGACUUAAUGGGAUUUGAAGGGUUACAAGUUGCCUCCUACAUCGUAUUCAAAGCACCUUGCAGACUUUGUCCCAGUAAUUUGUGCAGGAAUCUUGUUAUACAAUUGCAUGUUAUUGUGGUGGCUUAUGCAGACAAUAACAAGUGCCCUGCAGUAACACGGCAGCAAAGCCAUCUUCAGCCCAGAAGAGAAUAAAUAGCAAUCCAACCUAAUUCUGUGGGUGUUGCCUUGGGGUAGUUCCUCCCUAUCUUGCUCAGUGCUUCUUUCAACAGCUUCAAGAGCCUCCCAGUGAAAAUGGAGGUCUUCCCUCCAUUUCCUUGUUGCACAUCUGUAGCAAUCCUCAACUAGACCUUAUGUAUCUCCCAUGGCCCACGUUGUCCGUUCCUCCUGGAGACAGGCAACAGCUAGUUGCUGCUUUACAGUUACACAACUGGCCCCUAAUGCUGGUUAAAACCUUGUAAGCAACUGCUGUCCAAAGCUGUUUCAAAAGUGGCUUCAGAGUUUUUCCAUUGCUUGAAAUAAAACCUCAUUUCCUAAUUACUGGACUGGCUCCAAAUAACUCCUAACCCCAUCUGCUCUCUGUCAGCUAGAGGGGGGGGGAGCUAAGGUGAACACCUCUCAAUCACAGCAGGCAUCUGAAUGAAUCCAAAGCAUCUGUGUCCAUUUUGCUAAAGCAGGUAUGCUGAACCCUGCCUAUAGUACCAGGACACUGGGUUUGAUCUGUCUUGCCCGCUGUCAUUGGUAUCACAGCUCCCUUUAAAAAACAGCUACUGGGCCAUGAAGAAAGGAGCAGUCGGGGAGCACUUGCACCACUCUGAAUUAGCUCACUAGUCUGUUGUGAUUGCUCACACCACAGUCCCAAGGGACUUUUGAACCCACUGUUAAGUCGACAUGCGAUAAUUCAUGAAAACAAUGUUUCCUCUGGAUCAUAGUUAUUGAAUGCCGGCAAGAAAAACCAAAGUACAAGCUAGCCUAUGCCUGACUGCUGUAUUUUGAUGGUUCUAAAUCCUGUGUUCGGCAGUUGGGGGAGAUGCACUGAAGGCAUAUGUUUGCUUCAUAUGCAUUCAGUACAAACCAGAUAUUCUGUGGGGAAGAAAUAGAUCUAGCAAAUUGGAUCCAUUUUACUUGCACCUGCAUUGUGGCUGUUGGGGCCCUUGCAGUUUUUCACUAAGGGCAAGCUUGCUGUUCUCUCCCACUUAAAAAAAAAAUAUCCCAGUUGAGUUCCCCGGUCUUGAGGUUGCACUCCCUCAAAUGCCACUGUCGCCCUAAAGCAGGUGUUCUCCUGACAUUCUAAAGCUGAGUAUGUAGCGCUUGAACUCCCCCCCCCACACACACACAUCUUUUGGCUGACACCGCCCUCCUUCAGUGCAAGAGGCGUUUCCAACUCAAGUUAUUCUCUGUUGCAAUAGGGGAAUUCUUUCAUACUUUCCUUUUAAAGGCCAUUGAAGACCAGUUUUUCUCUCUGUAUCGAUCUGUUCCUUUCAUUUUCUUACCACCGUUCCCUAGAGGAGUCAGGUGCCAUAGAAACCUUCUUUGGCUAAGUUGGUAAAUGCACUGGUGCUAGUGCUAACAAGGCUCCAGGGGCCACGAAACUCCAUCGGCCCUGCAUCUGAUAGCGCAAGGAAAUGGAGAUAGCAGAGAGAGAGGAUGGUCUACAAGCAGUAGAUGUGAGCAUCUCAGGUAAGCGAGAAGAACAAAUGGGCAGGCGAUGUGUGUAUGUGACGACGUUAGAAUUUCUCCAUCAGGUUUAGGAAGGCAAACUAGUUCUGGUGUACCUUUUCCCACUCAUAAAAUACAUCACACACCCAAAAGGAAGGAAAUGGCAAAGACUAUAAGUAUCUGUAGGAAAAUGCUUUCUCUUUUAAGGGAAGGGACUAUAUAUAGCUCAGUCAGUGGUAAAGUAUGUGCUUUCCAUGCCAAAGGUCCAAAUGGCGUCUCCAUUUGAAAGAGGCUUCUCUGCUGGAAAGCUGCUGCCUGCCAGAACGGGUAGUGCAGGCUAGAUGGACAAAUAGUUUCUCAUCUGCUAUAAGGCAACUUCCUCAGUUCCUACAGAUGAAUAUGUUGCUGAUAAUGUCAAGGUUGCAGAUAAGAUGGUGGAAAUGCGAUGUCACACUUAGCUUGGUGCUACUAGGUACAGUUCCUUGAUUUCCCUUCUUUUCACAUUACCUCUCAUAUUUACCUGUUCUGUAUCAUGUCUACAAGUAAAAAACAUCAUGUCUGCUGUUCCCAUCUUAUGGCUGUUUUCUGUCUGUUCCCAGGCUUUCCUCACCAACUUCCUCUAGCAAUUACCUGUUCUUUAUAAUGCAAAAAAUUACAUGCUCACACAAAUAUGUUUCAGUUACCUUAAAAGUGCAAAAUCCUCUCUGGUGUGAUUUUAAUAAUAGCUUAUGUUUUCUCAAACACAACAUAAAAAGAUUCUUCGACAGCAAUAUUACUGCAUUUAGCGGAUGUUAGAAAGCUAUCAGUAAAGAACACAUUUUUUUACAUUGACUUCUUACACAAUACAGCCAUGAAAAAUGUGUUCAGGGUGUAUCUUGACUAAUAUGAUAUACUUUUGACUAAGAGCAUCUGUACAGACAGAAAAGAGAGUUCAACUUUUUACUAAGAUGAUGGUGGUGAUAAAUUCUUUAUACCCCGCCCAUCUGGCUGGGUUUUGUUAGCCACUUGAGUCUUUUGCAAAGACCAAAAUGUAGAAUACAGUAUAAAGAUUUUCAUAAACAAAUGCAGAUUGUGUGGUGUUUUGAUUUGUUUUAUAGACAGUUCCUGUGCGUGCAUCCAUUUGCAACCAGGUAAGAUCCUAAAGAAAUAUUUUAUUAGCUGGCUAAGUGAUCCAAGCUUUGCUAAAAGAUCUAAUGGAUCAAUUCCCUGCAGGAAUUUUAAAUUACAGGCUGAAUUUUGACAUCACAGAACGUUCUGAAUUGGACCUGGGUUUAGCUACUCCCUGGGAUAUAAAUGACCAACCUUUUGGGGCCAAUGAGCACUUCUGGAAUAUUGAGAAAAUGCCAUGGGUGCCAAUCGCAAAAUAGCUGUGGCGUAAUGCACAUCCAAAAGAGCAGUAAAAGAAAAAGAAUGGUGCAGGCAUCUCCACAACUACCAGCUGCCCCAUCAGUCGGGUGGGGGAGAACACCUGCAUCAGGCAUCCCCAAACUGCAGCCCUCCAGAUGUUUUGGCCUACAACUCCCAUGAUCCCUAGCUAACAGGACCAGUGGUCAGGGAUGAUGGGAAUUGUAGUCCAAAACAUCGGGAGGGCCGAAGUUUGGGGGUGCCUGACCUAAAACUACCACUGCACUUGUUCACAGAGAGAGCUUCUUUUGAUGUCUCCUCUGCUCAAAACAGAUGGGACUGAGUAUCAAAUCCUGGCUUAAGCAUAUCUCAUCCCAGACCAUCACUGCAACAUCGUAUCAUCAAAGUGGGAACAUGUCUGCCCAGGUGGUGAAGAAGAAGAGUCUUGGAAAUGUUAAGUGUCCACGGAAGUUCUUCCUGUGCUCUCUCAGGGCUCUGUCCAUGCCUGGCCGCCAGUACCAAGCCUUGCCUAGUGUCUUUCUUGGUGACUAUGAUGCCAGCACCCGCUACACCAGCACCAAGAAUACCAAGAUGCCUCAUUCAUCGGGUUCCCCAGAACAAGAAGGAUUCUUCAGUCUGCUGACCCAUGUACAGGGAGGGCGCAUGGAUGAGCAACGAUGCAACAUUCAGAUUGUUCACAACAAGAGUGGCUCAGACACUGAAAAGAAGAACACCCCCAGCCCACCCCCAGAGAUGGACAACUUCAUGGAUAUGCUGGCGCAUACGCAGAGCCGGAGGAUGGACGAUCAGCGGGUCAGCUUCAACUACCUCCCAGGCUUCCAAAACACUGACCGUAAUGCCAGCAACAAACCGGCCACUGGGGCCACCAAGCCCAUCAAGCCUACUUGGUUCUAUCUACCGGCCAGACCUGCAUAAACAAACACAAGGUUCUGCAACACUCACUAUCUGUAAAUCAGUCAUAUUGUGCUUCUGAUCUUUGAGGGCUGGGGUCAGCAAACAUGUCCCACUAGCAGAAGCCUGUGCAAUGGGAAUUUCCCUCUCCCCCUAUGCACUCCAAAAUUAUUGGAGGGUCCAGGGGAACCUCCAAAACAGCAUGCAGGUGGAGGAGAGGGAACAUGGUUCCAUCAGGCUAGCAGUAGUCCUUGCAUGGACGGAGCAAUCUCCUCAGCGCUCUGUUGAAUUCCUCCAUAAAGAAGAUGUCCCUCCAUACAUAUCCGCACAAUGUCUUUUCCCUGUUGUCCCAUUAAUACUCCUGAAUGAGGCAAGUAUUAACCUUCCUUAUUGAGUCUCUUUGACCGUCUGUCACUAACCCUUGCCCUGCUUGGGGCGGCCUUGUGAUAUUCUCCUUGUUAUUCAACUGAUUAACUCUUUAUUUCUGUUUCUUUACUGUUUUCUGGCUGGAACAACAUGAGGCCUUGUCUGUGCCGUACUGUGUCGUGUCCACAAGAGGCAUCUCCAGGAUGACACUUUCUACAAAACUUGUUCAUGUCCCGGGGCUAAGUUUGACUUGGUGGUGGCAUGAAUGUAAAGUGAAUGCCAAAGAGCAUUACCCAGACACAUAAGGCCUCUGCAAAUCUAUGCACACUUCUUCUGGGCCACAGAAGGAGCAUUACACAUGAAGGAGCCUUAGCUGAAUCUAGCUAAAGAGGACAGGGUGGGCUGUAAGGCAUGCCCUGCCUUUUGACAACCCUGUGGUCCUGACAUCCAUGAAACAGCGAAGCAAGCCUGGGAGGCAGCUUUUUAGGUGCUGGAAAUGGGCCCAGAAGUUUAUGAAAGGCAAAGCUUGAAAAUGGCAUCAUCUGCCUAG